AUGUCGUACAGAAUCGCAGCUCCGGAUGAGUACCUUGCCAUUACUGGCAUGCACGUCAAGAAUGUGCUCAUUACCAAAGCCGCUUGGGUUUGGCCCUUCCAGAGAUGCACUCGGUUUUCCGUCCGACCACAUGACUAUGCCAUCGACCUUCAGGCAAUGACCAAGGAGAAGCUGCAAUUUCUCUUGCCUGUCGUCUUCACCAUUGGCCCUGAUGUCAAUUCUCGGGGAGCCAACUCGAAGGUCGCAAGUCCGCAUGCCCUUGAGCACGGACAGCAUGCUGCUCACCAAGAGGCAGCGAGCCACAUCAACGACGAAGACCGCGGAGACGCCCUGAUGAAGUAUGCUAUGCUACUAGCCGACUCCAUGAACCAGAAGAAGGGUCCACAUCAUCUCGAAAACAUCGUCAAAGGUAUCAUCGAGGGCGAGACUCGAGUCUUGAUCUCCAGCAUGACCAUGGAGGAGAUCUUCACCGAGAGAGAGGAGUUCAAGCGCCGUAUCUUCCGGAACAUCCAGAGUGAGCUGGACCAGUUCGGCCUCCGCAUCUACAACGCAAACGUCAAGGAGCUCAAGGAUGCUCCCGGCUCCACCUACUUCCAGUCGCUCUCUCAGAAGGCCCACGAGGGUGCGACGAAUCAAGCUCGAAUCGACGUGGCAGACGCGCAACUUCGGGGAAACGUCGGGGAGGCCGACAGACACGGCCAGCAAGAGCGACAGAUUGCCAAGAUUAAUGCAGAGACCGCCGUGCAGAAGACUGACCGAGACGUCGAGCGCGCCACAGCUGAAGCUAACCUGUCGACACAAAAGACAGUGCUUGACCGUGACGUGUCAAUUGCUCGCAUCCAGGCGCAGCGUGCAACCGAGUCCAAAGACGAAGACCUGAAGAAGGAGGUCCAAGUCAAGCGCGCCGGAGCCGAGCUCGAGCGUCUGCGUGCCGACGACGUCGUCAAGGCCACCAUCGCGCGCGAAUCGAAACAGCAGGCCGCAGACGCCAGUGCAUACGCGUUAGAGGCCGAUGCAAAAGCAAGGGCAUACAAGACCAAGCUCGACAUCGAGACGCAGGCGUUGGCCGACUACCAGCGUGUCACGAAGAACACGGACGCUACCGCCUAUAAAACGAAGGCAGAUGCCGACGCCUGGAGCCACGCCGCGAUCCAGAAUGCUGAUGCCAACCUGCAGAAGAAGUUAAAGGAGGCCGAGGGUAUGGCAGCUAUGGCCGAAGCGUAUCACAAGAUGAGCCACGCCUUCGGCGGCCCAGCCGGUCUCUUGCAGUACAUGAUGAUCGAGAAGGGCACGUUCGUAGAGCUUGCUAAGGCCAACGCCACGGCCGUCAGCGGCAUGCAACCCAAGAUCAGCGUCUGGAACACCGGUUCCGAGGCCGGGUCGGGAGCCGGGGGUAGUGGAAGCGGCUCGGUUCAGGACAGCGCCGCUACCAUGCGGAACGUCUACCAGCUUCUGCCGCCCUUGAUGUCCACGAUCCAGGACCAGACUGGCAUCACGCUGCCGGAGUGGCAGUUUGGACGCAUGCCCAGCAACGACGUUGCUAGACGGGAGCAGAAGCCCAGUGGUAAAGGCAAGCCUAAUGGCGAAUAG